UUCUACAAUAAGGUUCAAGCAUUCCACGUUAUGUGUGUGUGUGUGUGAGAGAGAGAGAUAGAGAGAGAGACUAUGGAAGACGACCCACCGCAAAGAGCCCGGAAAUGGGUUGAAGGCAUGUCAAAAGGCUUAGAUAAGGAGCUGGAUGGCUUAAUUCUUGGCGGCCUGCAGAUUGAGAAAUGCGAAAAGGGUCUAAUCCGAUGCAAUUUCACCAUUCCACCGCACCUAUCUGACAAGAAUGGCGAUUGGCACGUGGGAGCAAUAGCAACCUUGAUUGACGACAUUGGGGCUGCUACUGUUAUCUCUUCUGCUGGCAAUAUUAAAGGAACCGUUGACCUAAGCAUAUCAUACUAUUCCACAGCCAAGAUUCAGGAAAAGGUGGAGAUAGAGGGAAAAGUAGUAGGACAGAGAGGACAGGUAAUGUCAGCAGCGGUAGAGGUGAAGAAGAAAGAAAAUGGAGAGAUGAUUGCAUUAGGCAGGGUUUGGAUGAUGACUACGGUUUACGAGAGACAUAGCCAAGCUAGCAAGCUAUAAUAUGAUAAUGCCUUUAACCAAAGGUUCAUUCCAUGGAAAUGUCAAUUGGUACCCUACUCAAAAUAUUUCCGCAAGUACCAAAAAAAAUUAGGAUUAAUUGUGACAUGUAAGAAUCAAUCCCGAUAAAUUAUAACUUAACCGGUUUAAAUUGUAACUUGACCCGAUAUAAUUUCAAACAAAGGGUAAAAGAUUAUUGACUCAAUUGAGUAAACUUUCCAUAUUCUCUCCUCG